UAGCUGUUUUUCUUUUUGAAUUCUACUAAAUUUGUUUGCAUGUUUUAAAUUAAAAAUACGACCGAAAAAAACAUGUCGUGGUUUCAAGAUCUCGCUGGGAAAGCUGAGAAUAUUCUGACCAAAAUUGAUCAGAAUGCAGCAACGGUACUUCAGCAGCAAACACGACCUUCUGCGGAAAACAGUGAUGUGGAAGCGAUGGAUCCGUUGAUAGAGGUUACAUCGGGAGAGUUUUCUGGUUCUAAGGCUCCGGUGGUCAAUGCAAAACCAUUGACAAAGAUACUAUCGCUAAGUGUCAAGUCUCCACCGUCUAGGGGAUUGAUAAGAUCGUCCUCGACAGCAUCUCAUGAACACCCUCUUUGGAACGAUGUAGUAGAUCUCGAGAAUGUAUCCGCCAAAUCAGAUAUACUUGCUUCAUCGCGACGAAGUUCGGUUAGUUCAAAGAGGGAAGGUACAGUAAUCGAUUUUAGUGGAUAUCUCUUGGAGAAAAACACUAUUCAAGAUUGUAGCUUUUCUGUGGAAAAAGAAUUGGCAGCUACUAAAAUAAUUCUGGCGGAAGUGAAAGCUGAGAGAGAUGAAUUAAAACUUGAGCUUGAUAGCGUUCAAUCGCUGCUUUCUAAUUCAGAUGCAGAUACGAGGCUGAAAGAUAUGGAAAACGUAUAUCAAAUUUUGCUAGACGAAAAAAAUGAUUUGUCCGCGAAACUUCUAUUAACCGAGGAAUCAAAUGCAAAGUAUGUCAAGUCGAUAUCAGAUCUCGAAUCAGUUGUAUCAAAGCAUAUACAAAUGCAUCAGGAGUUAGAGCAGCAACUUGAGAUGGCAAGAAUAGAAACCAGUAAUGUAACCGCGGAACUUCAGCAGUAUCGCGUAAGAGCUCACGCGACACUGCAAUUAAAAGAGAAAAUGAUUGAGCAGCUCAAGCAAAAUGUAUCGUCUGAUGGCUUUGGGCAACCGGAUGAACUUACAUUGAUGGAAUUGGAACAGAUGAAAAGUGAAAAGCUCAGUAUGUUGGAAGAAAUUGCGACUCUGAAUAAGAAAUAUGAAGAUGGUAAAACUUUUUGGAGGACAAUGGAACACACGCUCAAGGCAACAAUACUAGAUCUGGAAAUUAAACUCGAAGAACUUCAGCAAAAGCUCAGCUUAGAAACUACAAAGGCGAUGCAGCUGGAUGAUGACCUGAAUAUGCAGCAAAAGGAACUGACAGCUGCUAGAGAUGAGCUAGUCAAGCAGAGAUUUGUGCUUUCAACUCACAUCCACGAGAAAGAGACUGAAAUUAUAAAGCUUAGAAACCAGUUGCAAAAUCGACCGAGCAGUCCGCCAAAUGAUCUCGAACAACGAUUAACUUCACUAACACAAUCUUUGGUGCAGAAGCAGACUUCCCUGGAAGCGGUAACAGCCGAAAGAAACGCUCUUCGUAUACAGCUGGAGAAAUUAGACGUCCAAUAUCGAAGUACUGUUUCUCAAAUCCGACAAGAACGAGUAGCUUACACGUGCUCCAACGAAACAGACGAUGCCAAGUCGCAAGUGCCAAAUUUUAUGGUGGAGAACCCGUUCGAUAACAGGGUGGCGCGUAGAGUAAAACGAGCAUACUCUUCACUAGACUCCGUAGGCAUACGGUUAGGUGUGUUUCUGCGGCGAUAUCCAUUGAUUCGUAUCAUGGUCAUUGUUUACGUUGCGGUGUUGCAUUUGUGGGUCAUGUUUGUACUUUUGUCAACAACACCGGCGUAAUAGAAUCUAUAAAAAGUGCUAACAUGCGGGGCAUGAUUUGGUAGAGCACUUCGUGCAGUAUAACAAUAA